AGAGCCGCCGCGGAGGGUGAAAGGUGCCGCCGGCAGGGAACUUUGAAGAAGGUCGCCGCCUGGGCGCUCCAGCAGCAGCAGCAUCAUGGCGGAGCAGAGCGACUCGCCCCUCCGCGUCCAGCCGCCGCCGCCGCCACAGCAGCCCCAGCAGCCGCAGCAGCAGCAGCAGCCGUCGCCACCGCCCGAGCAGCCGCAGCCACAGCCCACGCCGGCUUCUGCCCCGGCCCCGGCUCCCGCGCCCGCCGCCCAGGCUGUCGUCUGGCCCAUUUGCAGGGACGCCUACGAACUGCAGGAGGUGAUCGGAAGCGGUGCUACAGCUGUUGUCCAGGCAGCGCUAUGCAAACCCAGACAAGAACGCGUAGCAAUAAAAAGAAUCAAUUUAGAAAAAUGCCAGACCAGUAUGGAUGAAUUGCUCAAAGAAAUUCAAGCCAUGAGUCAAUGCAGCCAUCCCAACAUAGUUACAUAUUAUACAUCUUUUGUGGUCAAGGAUGAGCUUUGGCUGGUUAUGAAGCUGCUAAGUGGAGGCUCAAUGCUGGAUAUAAUAAAGUACAUUGUCAACAGAGGAGAGCACAGGAGUGGCGUCCUUGAAGAAUCAAUAAUAGCAACAAUUCUUAAAGAAGUUUUGGAAGGCUUAGAUUAUCUACACAGGAAUGGGCAAAUUCACAGGGAUUUAAAAGCUGGCAAUAUUCUUUUGGGCGAAGACGGCUCAGUACAAAUAGCAGAUUUUGGUGUUAGUGCGUUUUUAGCCACAGGAGGGGAUGUCACCCGUAACAAAGUAAGGAAGACGUUUGUUGGUACACCAUGUUGGAUGGCACCUGAAGUCAUGGAGCAGGUGAGAGGCUAUGACUUCAAGGCCGAUAUUUGGAGCUUUGGAAUAACAGCCAUUGAAUUAGCAACAGGAGCUGCCCCUUACCACAAAUAUCCUCCAAUGAAAGUGUUAAUGCUGACAUUGCAAAAUGACCCUCCAACAUUGGAAACAGGUGUGGAAGAUAAAGAAAUGACAAAGAAGUAUGGCAAGUCCUUUAGGAAACUAAUUUCAUUGUGUCUUCAAAAAGACCCUUCUAAAAGGCCCACAGCAGCAGAACUUUUAAAAUGCAAAUUCUUCCAGAAGGCCAAGACUAGAGAAUACUUGAUUGAAAAGCUUCUCACAAAGACCCCUGACAUAGCACAAAGAGCAAAAAAGGUCAGAAGAGUACCUGGUUCCAGCGGCCAUCUUCACAAGACAGAGGAUGGAGACUGGGAAUGGAGUGAUGAUGAAAUGGAUGAAAAGAGUGAAGAAGGCAAAGCUGCUUUUUGCCAAGAAAAGUCACGAAGAGUAAAAGAAGAGAAUGCCGAGAUUUCCAUGAAUUCCAGAAACAUCCCUGAUCAAAUACAGAACCUGUCUUUGCAAGGUUCUCAGAUUCGAACAGCCGUUUGCAACGAAUAUAGUGACACUCCAUGUGCUGUGAAUCUUGUGUUAAGACUAAGGAAUUCUAGAAAGGAACUUAAUGACAUACGAUUCGAGUUUACUCCAGGCAGGGAUACAGCAGAUGGUGUAUCUCAAGAGCUGUUCUCUGCAGGGUUGGUUGAUGGCCACGAUGUAGUUAUAGUUGCUGCUAAUUUACAAAAAAUAGUAGAUGAUCCCAAGGCCUUGAAAACGUUAACCUUUAAGCUGGCUUCUGGCUGCGAUGGUACCGAGAUCCCCGAUGAGAUAAAACUGAUUGGGUUUGCCCAGUUAAGUGUCAGCUGAUGCCAACCACCUGACCCCCAGCAAAACAGGGAGAUUGCAAAGAAGCCAGCUUUCAUUUGCGAAGGAAAAAAAUCCGAGCACCACACUCUUAACUUCUGCUUCAUACUAUGGCGAUUCACCAUGUUGGAACAAGCAAAAAGCCCACAGCAACACUGCUCCCGCUACCAUUCCAAAAGCUACUAAAUGUGUCUCUCUAGCAAUCAAGUUCGGAUUUCCCUGAAGUGAAAGCAGACAAAUUGGAAAUGCACUCAGGUGGUUGUAUCCAUUGGUUACAAAAGGAAUUUUCUAUCAGAGCUUUUUCUUCUUUAAUUAAAAAGAAAAAAAUCAAUAACAGCUAUUUUAGGGUAUAAUACUGACUCUCUUCUGUUGUACGUAGAAAUGAACAUAAUUUACACAUGCUAGGAUUUAUUAGCCAAACUUGAAUUCUAGUUUUAAGAAAAAAACAACUGUGAAUUUUAUUUUUCUCUCCUAUAUUUAUGCAUUAUACAGCCUAGCUAUGAGAAACCAAUUUUGUUUUUGUUUCUUUGAUUAUGUGCUACUUGCAUGUAACAUGUUUUUGUUUUAAGAGAGUUUCAGGCUCAACUUUGAAGCAUUUGUUGCUCCUAGUUUUUGAACUGAUGUAGGCAUUUAAUUUUGGUUUUGGUUUUCUUUGUGUGUCUUUUUUUUUCCUAAAUCCAUCAUCUGGUUGUCAAGGGUGUGGGAGGUGCCUUGUGGAUAUUAAUUGAUCUAAGACUGUGCCUGAAGCUCUGUGAAUCUGAGCUCAUCUCAAUUCUAGACCUUCCAUAUCUAGACCUCUUGAGUAAUGAGGAGGGAGAGACUGUAGCAGAGACGUGAGACAAAAUAUGGCCUGCAUUCUGCUUUGUUGAGGGGGAAGCCUACAAGCUGAAACUUUUUAUAAACAGUUGCCAUUAAGCUAAACAAAUAUAUGCCUUUACUUUGCCCAUCUCUGAUUUGGCUUUUCUCUAAAAGGACGGGAAUUUUUAUGUUACAACAAUAAAAAAACUUGAAGAGAAUCUAAGCUUUACUUGAAAUUCUGCGGAACACCAUGGUGGAGUACAAAUAAGAGGAGAAGGGGCUUUGUGCAAUGUCUUAAGGAUAAAAAGAAACAAAAUGGUUACUUUUUUUUUUAACAUACUUCUGACUGAAGUAGUCAUACGCUUAACCUGUGGCAUAGAUAUUUCGGAGCUAGUAAAUCGUUAGACGGAUUCUCUAAUUUGAAGCCUAUUUCUCGGGAAGUGAGUUUUUUGGAUGUUGCCAUGUUAAAUCACUUCCAUGCUAAACUUAGAUAAAUGGCAGCUCUCUCUGACAUACAGGAGAGAAAAAAGAAUGGCAAAUGUGUUAUUUAAGAGUUAUUUAUAAUGCCUUGUCAUAAAUGUUUGAGGUGUUCUAGAGCCAUUUGCAUACAACUCAAUGUAAUUUCAUUCCAUUCUAUUGUUUACACAAUUACUCAAAAGACUGACUGCAGAGGUAAAAGGAAAAUAAAGUGUAUUGCACAAACCA